CCCAUAAAAAUAUGUUUCAUCUGCUUUUAAUUUCCUGUGGACUGGAAUUUUUGAAUUUGAACUAUUUUCUUUAUCACUUUUUUGUUUGGAAGCAGCAAAGAAGCAGCACAUCCAGUUCACUCUCCGUUUGUACUAUUUCAGUUCUGCAUUCAGAAGAUGAGGCUGUGUCUCCUUUUCUUCGUCCUCUGCUUGAUGGCUCCUAUUGGAUACGGUCAGGAUGAAGCUCGUCUUGGAGAACAUGGAUCAAGGGGGUUCGUUGGAAAACGGGGUCCUCCUGGAUUUCUAGGUAAUCCGGGUAUGAAAGGGGAACAGGGGGUUGCAGGAAAACCUGGACCUCGUGGACCACGAGGAAUAUGUGAACGAGAUAUCGUUGGUUCUGUUAGAAAGGACGUGGAUACUUUAAAGAACAGCUUUGCAAAGUUACACCUGGCUAUAAACUAUGACUUUGUCCGGAGAGUUGGUCAGAAAUAUUUUGUGUCGUACAAGAAGAGAGAGUCUUUCUCCAGGGCUGUCCAGUUCUGCUCCCAACAAGGCUUAGAGCUGGCUUUGCCCCAGAACGAGGAGGAGAACAACAUACUGACUCAGUUCUUUGGGGAAGAUCUCACUACAGCUUGGAUCAACGUCAACAAUAAAAAAGCAGAUGGGAAUUUUGAGGUUGAUAUGAAAAACCAACCUCUGACCUUUACCAAAUGGGGAGAAGGGCAGCCAGACAAAUCCAUCCAGGACACAGGCUGCACCAUGCUGACAGAAAACGGUGUCUGGAAAGUGACACAUGAUUGUUCUCUGAAUGCUUACAUCAUUUGUCAGAUAUAGAAAGGUCUUGUAUCCCUUUUGAGUCUUACUUUAAUUGAACUUUUUAUGUCCUAUAGGCUAUGUGUCUUAUGUUGUAUAACUGUCUUAAAUGAAAGUGACUGGCAGGAAAAGUCAUCCUUUUGUAAUCUCACAUAUUAAAAUCUGUGAAUUAAUAAAUCAAAAUGUCAAAUGCUUAAAUAAUCCAGUCUUGAGGAAAAUAGCUUUUAGUUUGUAAAAUGUUUGCUGUGUAACUUUAACUGUUUCCCAAAACAUCUUGGGAAUCUGACCAUCUAAUUCAGAAUCAAAUAGCGCGUGCACGAUGUAAUCGCAAUGCUUUGGUAUAAAUCUAUGCACAGACUUCAUCUCACCGAGAAGAAAGAAAGAAGCUAGAUAGAAGCUGCAAAUAGAGACUAUUUCUGUCAACAUAAGGUGUUUGUCACAUUAGAUGUUCUGUCCCUGUUUCCGUAAGUGUACUGUACCGUCGGCCAAUAGCAUUUAGCAAGAGCAAGUUUGCAGUCGGUUAGUUGAGGGAGCGAGCAUGUGUGUGCAGUGAGUAGGAAGUCAGCGGUGACGUAGCCGUGUAGUGCUUGUACAGUUUAUUUGUCUGUAAA